CAAAGUUUGGUUCAGAGAAGAGAAGAAAAUGGAAGGGCUAAGCCAUAUCGCACUCCCUGUUCUGGGAAUUGUCGCGGUCUCCGUCGUAACCUUUUAUGCCGUUAGCUUCGCCGAGAUCAGAGAGAAAUCGUUUAAAGAUGUGUACGACUCGGAGAAUGAAGUUGGGUUCAAGACUUCUUUAAGUUCAAGGGAGAGGAGAUCAAGAAGAGAAGCAAAUAAAAAACGUCCUCGAUCUUGAUACCAAAAGCCAGGCUGAUUUGAUCGUGUUCCAUGAUAAUGGAUGUUCUCCAAUCAAGAAACUCUCUUUAGAUCGUUUUUUCUUUUCUUUCAAUGUUCUUUCAACUAUUUAAAAGAGUUUGGUUAUAGUUGUGGUUGUGGACCAAAAAGUCUAUGAGCCAUUCCGGUCCGGAUUGGUCUAUACUCUAUGGCCAUCACUGGUUUAGCAUAAUGCUAUCUUUAAAAUCAUUGGAUGAGAAGAAACCUUCACAGUUACU